AUGUCUUUCCCGCUGGAGCUUGGCUCUCUUCAAAAAGACGGAGCACUGGGGACUCUGGAAAAGCAGCUUAUUUGCCCCAUAUGCCUGGAGGUCUUCACUAAACCGGUUGUCAUCUUGCCCUGCCAACACAACCUUUGCCGCAAGUGCGCCAACGAGCUCUAUCAGCCGUCCUUGUUUCAGGUGGGUGUUGGUGGCCGAUUCCGUUGUCCUUCUUGUCGACAUGAAGUUGUUCUGGAUCGGCAUGGAGUGUAUGGAUUGCAGCGUAACUUACUUGUGGAGAACAUUAUCGACGUCUACAAGCAAGAGGCUGCUAAUUCAAAGCCUACAACCAAGCCCAUAGAACAGCCAACCUGUGUGGAACAUGUAGGUGAGAAAGUCAAUAUCUACUGUAUUACCUGCCAGGUUCCCACCUGUUCUCUCUGCAAAGUGUUUGGAGCUCACAAGUCCUGUCAAGUAGCUGCCCUAUCUGAAGUGUACCAGCAGCAAAAGGCAGAACUCAGUGAUGGAAUUGGUUCACUGGUUGCAACUAAUGAGCAAGUACAAGCUGUCAUAAAUGAACUGGAGGAAGUUUGCAGGAGCAUUGAGGAGACCAGCAAGAGCCUGAAACAGACCGUGUGUGAGAAGUUUGAUCGCAUGCACGCCAUCCUUGAAGAACGACGUCAGAUCAUGACGCAGCGUAUCACCUACGAGCAGGAGGAGAAGACUGGACAUGCGCGGUCUCUGUCGUCCACCUAUGGGGAACAUGUUGACGCCAACUUGAAGUUAGUACAAACCGCUGUUCAGACCAUGGAGGAAGCUGAGAUGUCUGUCUUCAUGCAGACUUCAAGAACUCUUAUUGAGAAGGUCACCGAGGCAGCCAAUUCCUGUACUGUAGAGACUCUUGAGCCUGGCUAUGAGAACAUGGACCACUAUCAGGUGGAUUUCAAUGCAGAGGAGCAGAUUCUACACCAGCUAGACUUCAUGAAGAUUGAAGAAGAAGUGCAAGAUAUACCUGAAGAUCUCGAACUGGAACCAGAUACUGAAGUUGAGCUUGAUUCAGCACCUAGCCAGGAUAUUAAUGAAGAACCUGACGAAGAUCCAAAGGUGGAAAGCUGGGAGACAAAGGACCCAGAUUUAGAGACAAAAGACAAUACUAAGGAAGAGCCCAUUGGUUUUAUAGACACCAAAAAAGGGGCCCAUGGUGACCAAGAAGGGUUAAGCACUCAGCAGGCUGUCACUCUUCUCUUUUACUUCCUGGCUUUGGUGAUCAUCCUGCAGCGGGUGUGGGGGCACAUUCAGUGCAUCAUAUGUAUAUGA